AUGAACUCUCAUCAGCCAUUAUUGACAUUAAGGGUGGACAAUGAGGACGACGAUAAUGCAGAGGUUUGUUGGAUUCCACGUUAUUCUUCUGCAGAAGUUGAGGAGUUUCUGAGGAAGAAUGAUGAUGAUAGAGAGAAGAAGAUUCAGACAGUGAAACGGUGGAUUAAGGUUGUUGGUUGGGAGACGAAGCUGAUUUGGGAGUUAUCAUGGCCUGCUAUAACUAGUGGUAUGUUCAACUACAUGUUGAUAUUUGUGACUCUCAUUUUUGUGGGUCGUUUGGGUGACUCCCAGCUUGCUGGUGCAUCUCUUGCUUGUCUGGGACUUCAAGGUGUUGCUUACGCUGUGAUGGUAUGUAUUAUAGUCCAAAUCAAUUUUCUGCUGACAUAUAUACUCUCUCCAAUCUAG